ACCAGGGCGGGAGGCUGCGGGGAGACGCUAAGCCGAGCCGCCGCCAUGGCGGCCUGGGUGACCGACCAGCGUGGCGAGCAAACCGCGAAGUUUUGCAUGAUGAUCAUUGGCAUUGGGUACCUCUUCCCGAUUGCGGCUAUUUGGGCUGCCUUUGAUUAUUGGAAGGUCCUUUUCCCGGAUCAGAACGUGGAGUUUUCGGUGACUGCGCUGUACCAGAUCGGCUCCAUAGCGACGGUGGCUGCGCUGUCCCUGUCGGAGACCUUCUCGCUGGGGCGGCGCAUCCUGGGCGGCUUCUCGGGCCAGUUCCUUUGCCUCGCGGCAAUCUUGGCCUUCAGGUGGCUGCCGGUGACGCGGCUUGUGCUUUACCAGCUGUUGCUGGGAGUGGUGCUGCUUUGUUCCGUGGCCACCGGCUACUUGGACUCCGCCUUGUUUUCGCUGUGCUCGCAAUAUAGCACCAGCAUGCAGCAGUACUUGCAAAUAGGGAUCGGCUUUGGCACGCUGGUGUCGGUCGUCUACCGUGAUGCCACGAAGCUGCUCUUGGCACAUGACAUUGCAGAUGCGACGUGUGCCUACUUCAUCAUUGCCCUCGUCACAGUUCUAGUCUGCAUUUGCGCCUACAGGACGCUUAUGUCCUUGCCAAUCUCCCGGCAUAUGGCUUCAAACGAGGAUCUGAAUCUUGAGGAGAAGCUCAUGGACAAAGCGUCCCGCUUUGAGUCCCCCUUGCCCUACGCCUGCGGCUUCAGUCCUGGUGGUUAUCAUGACUCCGAGGAGUCUGCAAACGGACUGGAGCUCAACAGUGAGGCAGGGACCAGCUUCAGCUCAGUGCUGCGGCUGGUGUGGUUCAACCAACUGGUGAUCUUUGUGAACUUCGCCUUGACAACAUUUUGCUACCCGGGCCUGAUCACCGCCAUCCCCUGCAGGCAGAUGACGUGGCUGCGCAAUGGCCACUGGUUUCAGACCAUUCUGCUCACGGUGUUCACGCUCUUUGACAUUUCUGCGCGGUUCAUCACGCAGCACCGCUUUGGCCUCUACUGGGGCAACGUUCAGUGGACGGCGGUGGUUCGAUCGCUGCUGCUGCCCCUGAUGGUGUACUGCGCAGCUUCUGAGACGGGCAGCGACCUGGUCUCCAUGGCCGUGGUGGCGGCGUUCGGCUUUUUGAAUGGCUACUGCGCCUCCCUGUGCCUCAUCGUCAUCAACGAGAUCCCCAGCCUCAGCAACCCGCAGAGGAAGACCUGCGGCCGGAUCUCGGCCUGCUCUGUGAACACUGGUCUGUGCGUGGGCUCCGUGGGAGCUUCCAUUCUGGCCACACUGGCGCUACCGCCCAGCUAGGGUGUCUCACCCGAGUGUCAGGUUUCUGCUGAAGGGCGAAUCCUGGCUAUUGGGAAAGCC